CCAAAACAAAGCUGAGAAAAAAUAAUUGGAGGGCUGAAAAGUAUUAUUGAAGGUGGAAUGUUCAUAGUAAGUUUGAAUGUUACCAACGUCAGACACAUCGCAAAUUCCAGGAUAGAACCGUCUGCAGUUCUGUAUUGGCCUGGAAUUCAGCUGGAAUCUUGUGGCAGGAGCGGAAAGUGUUCGUCGUGCCACGUUCGUAGCUGUUUGAAAAGCUUUUGUUCUCAUACAAACGUUUCCAAAAAAAAAGAAUUUACCUUUGAGAGGAGCGUUGAAUACACCGUGUAUUUCCGUUGCAUUCCGAAUGGAAUGAGGUUGUUAAUCGGACAUGAUGUGUUGGAUAUAAGGCGAUGAGUAUUGAACAUGCCCGGAGCGGUCCUGUCGCAAUGGAAACGGCUGUGUUGGAGAGGUGUGAUGCCAAUUUGUCGUCGCAGCCUGCUGAUUUGAAUUGUGCAAUUGAAAAACAGUCACAGGAGCCAUUGAUACAGACAUCUGAGCAACAACAGCAGCAGCAGUCCGUAGGAGCAGUAGUGGCAGCAGCAGCACAGCAUGCUCCCCAACAGCAGCAGCAGCAGUCCACAGCAGGAGCAGACGAUGCUCACCAGCAUCACCAGCAAUAUCAGUCCAUAGCAGCAGCAAUGCAACGUGCUCCCCAACAGCAACUGCACCGGCCGUCAACAACAGCAAUAGCACAACAUGCUUUCCAACAGCACCAACAGCAGAUCCAUCAGCAGCAGCAGCCGCCGCCACAGCAGCUCCAGCAUCAGCAGCAGCUCCAGCAUCAGCAGCUCCAGCAUCAGCAGCAGCUCCAGCAUCAGCAGCAGCUCCAGCAUCAGAAGCAGCACCAGCAGCAGCACCAGCAGCAGCUCCAGCACCAGAUCCAUCAGCAGCAGCAGCUCCAGCAGCAGCAGCAGUCCAUAUCGGCGGUGGCAGCAGCAGCACACCAUGCUCCCCGGCAACAACAACAGCAAGGAAAGGAUAGUUCACCAGCAGCAGCAGCAGGGCAAGCACCAACAACAUCGUCACGCUCCGCAUCAGCGUCGGUGGGUACUGGGAUUGCUACUCGCCCUGUUGCUAGGCACACGGCUGCCACCCCUAGUGCUUCUUCACGGGAAUGCGAGGAGAUUCGACAGUUCAGUCUCGGCGCCGAGCUAGUGGCGUCACCUGGCAAUGACAUGACCCGGGCCGUGUCACCAAAGAUGGCCCAGCAGCUUGGUGAGCUGAUCGAGGAUAGAGAAGUGAAGCUGGCGAUCACAGAUGAGCGCUAUCAGAAGUGCUUGCUAGAGCUGUUGUUCUUGGAUGCUGGCGGUGAAAUGGUCGACUACCAUCUUUGGCGUAAGCGCAAGAACCCGUAUCGAGACACGUUUCUGGAUCUGAAUCCCAUCGAGAACGAAUCGUUUGAGUACAAUCUGCCGCCCGACCCGGUGCGGACGCAGGGCCAGCCCACGCCAUCCAGCUCCACAGCCGCUCACAGCAGCACUGCCGGCGCCUCUCGCACCCCGACGGUAACGAGCACAUCGCAAGCGACGGCGACGACCACGCCGACUGUGGCGCCGAUGGCUGCAGCAGCAGCAGCACCCCAGCCACCAGCGCCGCAGCCGCCGCCGCCGAAAGUGUCCCGUGGCCGUGCGCCCGACUCUCGCCCACGCAUACACGCCUACACUGGCCCUGUGGCCAGGUCGCGCAAGGACCGUGAGAGCAGCGGCUCGCGUAGCGGCUCACGCGUGCGCUCUCCGCUGGCCUCACCAAAGUCACCGCAGUCGGGCGCCACGAGUCUGGUUUCCUCUCCAACGCACACAGGCAGCACCAGCAGCAGUCAUGGUGGUCCAGUGUCGCCACCACUGGAGCAGCAGGUCACCAGCAGCACCAUCAGCAGCACCAGUAGCACCACCAGCAGCAGCACCAGCACCGGCAUGCGCAGCCAGCACAAGUGGGUGGAGAACAUGGAGAUGACGAUGACGCACGGCUCGCAGGAGAUUGCCGAGCAGGCCAAGCACGAGGCCGACGUGCGAGUGCGCAUGGAGGCGCUGCAGAAGGACGGCCUCUGGUCGGCCAUGCGCACCAGUCCCGUCGACGAGCCCGCGAGGCCGAAGUCCCACUGGGAUUUCCUGCUGGAGGAGAUGGAAUGGCUCGCCGGCGAUUUCAUGAAGGAGAGACGCAUCCGAUCCUCUUGGGCACGAAAGCUGUCCAAGGCAGUGCUGCGCCACCACAACGAGAAGGCCACCCGGCAGCAGCGCAUUCGCAAGGAGAGCCAGGCCAAGCUGCGGCGCAUAGCCAGCGGCAUGGCCAAGGACGUGCGCGGAUUCUGGGGCAACAUUGAACGGGUAAGCACCAUAGUGUCUUGUAUUAAAGCCUAUCUCGUAUAGAAGCCUGUUUUGAAU